AUGAGCACUCCACCGGACCAGGCCAACGGGUCGCCACGGCCAGAAAGAGACCCACGCUCGUCGUACCAUGAACAUUAUCAUGGCUUGCCGACUGACUCAUAUACGGACCAGCAGCUGCGGCAUGCUUCUGCCAGCCAUUUGUAUAUGACGAAUCGGCGGUUCUUCGUUGGACCGAUUCCAGAAGGUUGGCUGCAAGGUCACCGCAAAUCCUGGUAUAAAACUCGAUUGCGACUCCGAAACUAUACUUCUCAUUCUGUCUCGUUCUCUGCGAACCCUGUUGCGACCCAUUAUAGCGAGCAUAACGAUCAGCCCUAUGCCCCGUUACCAGACCUGGACGAGGAAGUCGCCCUGACGCAGACGAACACAAGUAUCGCGGAGGCUGAGGAGCAUUACAAUGAGGUUGAAACAGAAUUACAAGAAGCGGCCGCAGCAGAACCUGUGAGCGAACUCCGGACCCUAACACACCCCGAAGCCGAGGCCAGCGGCGACGAUUCUUUAUUAGUAGAGGCUACAGAGGCUGGCGAGGAUAACGGGAAUGAUAGAGGAAAUGACAACAGAGAGGAAAGCUCAGAAGACACAGACAGCACCCCCAGAGCUAGGACAUGGAAUCGAGACGACAUGUAUGACAACGAUAUCGCUUCGUCUUCAUUUGUCACAGCCAGAGAAGAGGCCGCCAGCUCUGCAGACACGGGACUGUCAAUGCUCACUGUGCAAGCCAACAGAUCGGAGCCGCCCGAUAUACGCCCAAAGUCGCCGGCCUCUCAUAACUCGAAUUUGACCGGUCGUGCUUCUCCCAACCCACUUACUCCUAAUCCACCCGCCCCAAGCGAGACAGACUCGACAACACAAUUGCUUCGAACCAAUUACAAAGACAAGGGGAAGCAGAAAAGCAAGUCAUCUGGCGUAUCUCGAGCAACGCUCCAAUACCACGACCCCCAAGAUGAGGAUGAUACACAAGACGAAACAAGCGGAGAUGCGCAACCACAACACAGAAUCACUAGGAAGAUGGCAAAAUUUAACCUAGAUGACAACAUCAGACAUAAGCAGCAAAAGGUGCGUUCCCGCAUUGCAAAGACCCAAGAUACUAUCUCUGCCAAUCGACCGCACCGACGAAAAGUGCAAGACGGAGAGAUCGUCAAAGCGGAAAAAAUGCUAGUCUGCAUGGAGGAGUCUGUGCAAGACACACUUCCUCCCGACUACUCCGAGAAUGACAGUUUGCGUAUGGAGACACGUACUGUGGACAAAUGGAGGGAAUUCCUUGUUGUAUGCCGCAAAAGCUCUGCGGAACAUACACCAUUUUCUAUCCAGAUGUACCGUACCCGUGUGAUUCCUGAUGUGCAACGACCGAAUAGCAAAACGCCACCUUAUUACGAAGUACAGCUCAACCACAAGACUACCCAUGUUAAUCUAUAUUCUCCCCUCGACAAGACCAUCGUUAUUUGGUAUCCCUGCAGGCACGGGACCAAGAUCUUCAUCCUCCGCCCUAAGUCUGGAGCUCACUCUACCGAAUGGUACACUUUCAUUCGCCAGGUGCUUGGAUGGAGGCGUCCCACCUCACUUCCUAUCAAUGUUCCUGAUUUGGGAGUCUCCCUUGUUUUUAAAAAUCCUUUUAAGCAGCCUCCGACAGGCCCAAAAGCAUAUAGUUCCGAUAAUGAGCAAGCAGCAGCAGAUUUGGACCGACCGGCAGAUGAUAGAUAUGCUGCUGCAACCAUCAUCCGAGGAUGCAUGAAUAUGCUCGAAAGCCGCGUUGAGUGGGCUGAGGUCUUGAAGGCUUGGUCCAAAACCGAAAAGAUGGGGCUUGCUUGGAAGCGAUACGACCGACUUGAAUGGGUGUUUGGUGUCAACGAAGAGAAGAUGUAUGGGACGAUUGCGAUGCAAUCAUCCCACGACCUUGAGUUACGACCAAGGCAUCACUACUCUACUGAAAUUAAACAGCGAGGCAUAAAGCAAGAGGAGCCUCCACCGAUUGAAGGAUUUUUAGUCCGUCUCACAUCUCAAAGGGGUACACACCAGCGGAUGAACAAAAUGUUCUUCAAACGGCUGUAUUUCUUUACUCAAGACCACUACUUGUUUUUCUGUCGACCAGCAAAGGCAUUACCCCCAGCACCACCAAAGUGUCCUCCCGCAGAGGACGGCAGCGUGCCAACAGCCCGUGAACUCUUGGAUCAGAUGCCGCUUUUCUGGGAUAUCAAUCCUUACCCCCUUGAAAAUGGCGAGAUUACUUGGCUCUCUAGCGGCAAUAAGGAAUUUGUCAAACGCCACGAUCAAGAGGCCUAUGCGCACGUACAGAGGAAUGUACACAACAUCAGCCAGUCAGAUGGAUAUAUCGAUAUGUGCCGGGUGCAAGAAGUCCGCAAUAUCCAUCGUGGCAGCUCCCCUGCCGACCCUAAUCUAGGGGAGGGACCUGCGGUGGACUUCAAUCGUGAACCCCAAGACUCACGGCAAGAUGAUGGCGCAACACAAGAGUUCGAUGAUGGCAGGACGUUUGAAAUGCUUUUGGAUAAUGGUCUGGUCAUCCGGCUUCAGGCAUAUGAUACCAUCACGCGAGAUGAGUGGGUGAAACGACUCGAUGUCUUGGUGAAGUACUGGCACACGCGUUGCACAGAUGAUGCAAGAGAGCUUCAGACAGUACAGCGACGCAAUCUCAAGCUGUUGGACAUUGAUGAAGCCAUGGAAUCUGUUGUCGGGCAGUUUGCAAAGAAGUGGGAAGUACAGAAGGCUGAGGCAUCUCCACACUUGCACAACAUGUGUUUCCUGUCCGGUUGUCGGACUAUCAAGAUGUCCGGCCAGCUGUAUCGCAAACCCCGUCGCCGCGCCUUAUUCAACAAAUGCCACGUCGUGCUCACAACAGGCAAGCUGUUAAUUUUCCGAAGCACUCUCCGCAGACGAAACGGCACCGAGAUACCACAUAUCCAUCAAGAACAUGAAACGACGAUCGAUCUGGAAGAUUGCUAUAUUUACUCUGGUUUGAUCACCGAGAACGAUUUGCUCUACGCCAACCAGACAUUUGACAGCAACAACCCCGGUCUUCAUGCCCUGCCACGGGUAUAUCUCCACUCAAACACCUUCACAAGUCGCGACGAAGAUACCGCUAUCACCUUCGUGAUCUGGCAACCGUUGAGUAAGAGCUACUUCCGCGCCCAGGAAAUUGGGGAGGAAGGCAAAGCAAAACGGUCCUUACGCCAUGUGUCCACACUGGGCAAACAUGGUCGCACGAUUGUGUUCAAAGCCCGCAGUCGUGUGGAAAAGGACCGGUGGGUGAUGAGCAUCUCCUCGGAAAUCGACCGUCUUCAGGAAGAGAAACAAGAAGAUAUACGGCUUGUUUCUCUGUAA